AAAGCAACCUGGCUGCUUGUUAAUGAUAAUCAAAUCCUCUACUUCUCAGGAAUGUCUUUUCACGUCUUUAAGAUUUUCGUACUUCUCCUUUUUGUAUCAGCGAUUUCUAUUACUUGUUUUUUAACAUGGGGACAAACAUCCAACAGCCACAGAGCGACACGUUUCAUGAACAAACAUAGAGGAAACAGAAGUUCACUUGAAAAUCACUUUACAGUGUUGGACAAAGGAGAAAAUGCCACCCUGGUGACAGAGCCGAAACCUAAACCUGAGACUCCGAUGCCCUUACUCUACAAAAAAAUGUUUGAGAAGGCUCCUGUGUGGGAUUUUGAUGAUGUUUAUAACCAGGAUGUCCCCCCUCGACCCGCAACGUGUGCCCAGUCACUGAGAAACUCAAAGGAUGAAUUCUUCAUGAAGGCUUUUCUUCCCAACGUCUGUUUAUUUCUACACAAAGACAGCAUCAACAUGAGCGAGUGGAACCGGCUUUCACAUUUUAACAAUCCCUUUGGUUUUAUGGAGUAUAAAUACGAGGAUGUGAUCCCUGUCCUGAAACUGAUUCCAAAGCCCAAAGAGCCACUGCUUUCCACCAAACCAGGGAGCAACGGCUGUGUGCACUGUGCAGUGGUGGGGACUGGAGGAAUCCUCAACGGCUCCAAAAUGGGGGCAGAGAUUGACGCUCAUGAUUACGUCUUUCGGAUGAAUGGCGCCAUCACAGAGGGUUAUGAGGAAGACGUCGGCAAGAGAACCUCGGUGUACGUCCACUCGGCGCACUCAAUCAUCAAAUCACCUGUUUUGUUCAAGGAAUACGGAUACAAAUCUGCUCCUCAUGAUAAGGGUAUAAAGUAUGUGAUGAUGCCGGAGAGGCUGAAGGAUAUCCAGUGGCUGGAGGGUCUUCUCAAAGGGAAGAGAGUUGCUGCUGGACCGUUCCGCAAAAAGACCCCAAGGCUUUACUAUUCGGGGCAGUACAAAAAGACUCGGUUCUACGUUCUGCAUCAGGACUUCCUGCGGUACAUCAGGAACAGGUUUCUGAGUUCACCGAAGCUGAAAACCAAAUACUGGUCCACGAUCCGACCCACUAAUGGAGCCUUCACCAUCUUCCUGGCUUUGCACACCUGUGACACAGCAAGUUCACAUCACUUUCUUUUUAAUACUGACCUGAUUACUAAAUAUUAUUUCUAACAUAGUAACUAUUCCUAAGGUUUCCAUGAGCUCAGUGC